UGUCACCCGCCGCAAGGUUUGAAAACAGCGGAGGAACGGGUGCUAUGAUGUGGUUGUGAUGUCUUAGCGAACGAAAGACGGGCUAUUAUAACCAUAAAUUUACUAAACAAGAAACAUCAAGAUGCCUUCCUCCAAAAAAAGAAGACAGAGUGUUUCAGUUGUGGUUGAUCCCAAUGUCUGUGCAUUCUGCAAUGUUGCUGAAGACAAUGAAGAAGUGUUUGGAAAAAUGAUUAAAAAAUGUGGCCUCACUGUCCAUUAUUUCUGCAUGCUGUUUUCAAGUGGUUUAAGUCAAGGGGGCAAGUCAGAAGAUGAAGGUAUCUUUGGCUUCAUGCCUGAAGAUAUCAUGAAGGAAGUACGCAGAGGAGUAAGACUGCGCUGUACGUACUGUAAACAGAAGGGUGCUACCAUUGGCUGUGUAGUCGGAGCCUGUCGGCGUGUAUUCCAUUUUGGAUGUGGAAAAACCAGUGGAACUCUACACCAGUAUUAUGACUCCUUCAGGUCAUUUUGCGAGGACCAUAGACCGAGACAGAUGGUAUCUGUUAGUGACCGCCUGGCCUUCUAUGGUACUGCCAACACAACAUGUGCUAUCUGUAUGACAUCUGUAGAGACAAGGGCCUCCAAUGAAACUCUGCGGGCUCCGUGUUGUCGUAAUUCCUGGUUCCAUCGCUCUUGUAUUUCGAAACAUGCACAGACAGCUGGGCUGUAUUUCUUCAAGUGUCCACUGUGUAAUAAUAAGGAGAUAUUCCAGGAGGAGAUGCUCAAGUUUGGUAUCUACCUGCCAGACCAAGAUGCUGCUUGGGAGACCGAGCCGGAUGCUUUCCGUGACUUGUUAGAACGAUACCUGCACUGUGACGCUAGACAUUGUCAUUGUCCUAAGGGCAGGGACUACAAUCAGGAUGGCCAGAAGUGGGAGAUCAUCGUAUGUAACUGGUGUGGAUCACAGGGAUCACAUGUAGGCUGCCACAGUCUCUCCAAGGUUGGCAGUGAAGAUGUCUGUCAGGAUUGUAAGGCUGUUGAUAUGAAAAGGUCUAAAGGAAAGCAGAAAACUACAACAAAAGAAAAGUCUACCGUGUCAAGUAAACCUGUUAAAGUAGACUUGGACAGCAAAUGUAAGAGUGAAUACCCAGGCAAAUCUGAUCAACUGGUGAAGAAAAAACUUCCCACAAAGACUUCAACUCUUUCUUCCCCGCCGCCUUCCAGUACUUUGUCACCUGGCACAGUACUUCGUCUGUCAUACGAGGAGACAGAUGACGAAUUAAUUGUUGUGGACUCCACUGACAGUCAACCUUCCACAUCCAAAGGAUACCAUGCAGGUGAACCAUCACAGAGUCAGCAAAAAAAGCGUAAGAAAUACAUGAAAAAUUCCCCAUCAAAACGACAAAAAGUAUCUGGGGAGGAAGAUUGUAGUAUGUCAGCAAGCAAGACAAUACCUACAGCUACAAUUACAAAUCCUGAAUCAAGCCAGGCAUCGCCUGUUAAAAUGUCCACAAGACAGUCGGCCCUUGAUAUACAAGCAAAAAGAGCCCGCAAUGGGUUUAAAAGAACAAGAUCGGUAGGACUUUCUCAAGCAGAUACGCAGAGACUUGAAAGGAUGAAGAAAGAUCCAAAAAUUAAAAUGAAGAGAUCAAAGUCCAGUGGCGUGGUAGCACCACCGAGGAAAAAAAAUGCAGAUCCAUGGAGUCAUUGUAAAGGACUGUACUCUCGAAAAAAAUCUCUUGCAGCAAAGAAAAAAUGGGCUAUGAGGGCAGCACAAAAGAACACAUGUAGUGAUGUUGAAUCUGCUUGUGAGUCUCCUUUACGUUUAAAAGAUAGCAAAGGGAAAUAUAUUUCAAAAACACAUGUUGCUGCAAGCAGUUCUAGUGAAGAUACUGGAAUGUCUGCCGAUGAUAUUCCUGUCAACACUGCAGUGAAAAAGAAGGGGCUUCUCAGGUCCCUGUUGGCAAGUGGGAAGGAAUCGGAUUCAAUAUGUGACAAAAGUGAAGGAAACAGCUGUGACCUAGUAUCACAAAGUGCAGAAAUGACAUUAAAAUGGCAAUCAAGUGAACAGAUUCCGAAAGCUUCCAAGAAGACAAGGAGGAAGAAAAGUUUACAAUCGAGUGUUGCACGGGGCCAGAUGACGAUCACAAGCUGGUUGACUGGAAUGAAUGGGCAUAAAGGAGAACAAUUACAAACAUUGCUUGGAACAGAAAAAGGCAAUAUGGAAAAUGACAUUAACUUCCUAAAUCAGACAGAGGCAGAAAACAUUAAUGAUGAGAAAAGCCUGAUCAUCAAGUACAAAGGCAAGAAGUUUGUGGUAAAGAAAGAAAAUGAUAGUAAGUCGGAAAACGCAGAGUCAGAGGAUAAUUGGCCCAAAUCUGAUAUGGUAUUGCGUUCUGUGUUAAACAGUGAAUGUAUUGGCUCCAGUCCAGCUCGAAUUACAAGACAGUCUCUGAGUGAGAAAGCUGAUUCUGUGAUUGAUACAGUGCUACAAAGUAGUUUGCCUAUAGACUCGGGCCCUGCUCUCGGUACACGCCAGGCUAUCUCAGAUAAGAAGCAUGGAAGCGUGGAACAUAAGCAGAAAAGGAUAUAUACGCCCAAAACUUUUCCCCGUGGAAAAAGCAAAAAGGUAGACAUCUGUGAUACCUCUAAUCUGUCAGAUAGUUUUGUGUAUGGAACCCCUCGCAGGAGUGUACGUUGCUCUUUAAAUACAAAAUUUCAGGACAAUUUCAGUAGCAUGUCGGACAGUGACGAAAAGUGUGAACCAUAUUAUAGCCCAUCACCAUCUUCUUCUUCACACAUAUCGUCUUCUUCCUCUGACCUUAAGCUGCUGUAUUUUGACAGUGGUGAUGAUGAUGAAGAAGAGGAUAAAGCAGAGGACACGUCAACAAAGUGUGGACCUGAAGGUGACAACUACCAAUGCCUCAUUGUGGAUAUGGAAGAGGAGAAGGAGAGUCAACACUCCUCAAUCAUUACACUGUCUGAUGAUUCAACAGAAGAGAUGUCGGAGGUAGUGGAGGCAAAUAGCACUAGCACUAGCACAGAUGACCCCAACACAAGUACAUAUGUUAUACAGUCCUAUAGUGGUAAUCAUGGCUUUCAACAACUUAGCAUAUCCAUACCAAGUGUUUGAUGUAGUGCUUCCUAGUACUUGAACAGUGCUGGUAUGGUGUUGUAGCUGUUAAUUGUACUAUAUAUAUACUUGUUAGUACUUGAUGUUUUUUACAUAGGUCCUUCAUACCUGUGGACUUACAUUAUAAUGUAAAAUGUACCAGUAACCGAAUUAGGACAAUAAACUGUGAUUUAUAGACUUACAUGCAUCUUGUUACAGUAAACCUUUGGUCAGAUAAAACAAAAUUUGAUAAUGAUUGUUGAACCCAUUCUAAUUGUACAAAAUCAUGCUACAGAAAAAUGAAUGUGAGUUUUAAUUUCGAUGAAGUGUAAAACAUAAUAGGUGUAAACCAGGUAAUUGAACUUGUUACAUUUUUGCAUGUAUCAUUAUACAUGUAUAUACAUGUAUUACGGAAAAGCCAAUAUGUAGCUAUAUAUAUAUAUAUAUAUAAUAUAAUUAUAUAAGCCCUUAAGUAAUACACUUUUCAUUUGUGUAUUGGAGGAAGUUUUUUGCAUACCAGAUUAUGUUUAUUUCAAAUGUCUGGAAAAGAUGUAAACGAAAUACUGAAUGUAAAAUAAUAAUGAUAAAUAAAAAUAAAUGCUGUCAAUAAUACUUAAAGAGUUAAUAUAACUGGUAGGUCUUUUUUACUUUUACCUGUGAAGCAUCAAAAAUUUAUAAAGAACCAAUCAAAAUGGUGCUUUCUAUUUACCUUGAUUGAAUACACCAAUUUUCCUGUUCAGAUCCAAUUGAAGCACAGGUGAAAUAUGUGGUUAAUUCACUACAUUUCUGCAAUACACAUUGCAGGUGGUUUUUUUUUACAAAAUACUUAUUCACAACAGUUUUCAUGCAAAAAUGAUGAGGUAACAACAGAAAAAAUUGCCUUGAGCAGCCCAUUCAAAAUAGUGGCAUCAUAAUAUAUAUAAGAUGCCAGAUUCACUGUCCUUUCUCAAUACAUAGAUGAAUAUUUCUUUAUCCUUCUUUUUCCCUCUUGAAUGAAUGGAAAAUUGAAUGCUAUUGAUUAUGAUUUACUGAGCCUGAGUGAAAAAUGAUAAGGGUAUAUUCAACGGGUAGCCAUUCAUCCUUCAUGAAUCUAAUGUUCGCUUUGUAAUUUAGGUCAAAACUUUGAAUUCUGAGGUUGAGAUUUCGGUGGCAUUUGCCAAAAAACUUUACUUUUCCUACCUUAUUGGAUGUUUAGAUUAAAAAAUCACAUUCCAACUAACUACCUAUUUGAACUGACCAGAAGUUUACUGUUCUCACAAUUUUUAACACUUUACCCUUGAUGUAAUCAUUCAUCUGGGUGGCCAUAUAUGGUGGCACAGCUUAGUUCAGACGUUUCCUAUUUGCUUCAUUAAAUUUAAUGAAAGCAUCAAACAUUUUGCCUAUCAAAGAAAACUGUCUUGAUACACUUUGAAUAGCUUUGAUGAAGCAGAGCUAAGGCUUAUAAUUAAUUGUAUCAAUAUGCGAUAUAAAAAUAGAUAGCCCAAUAUGUACAUUCAUGAAUUGUAUGCAUCAAAAUGGGACAUCAUGUAUUCAUGUGGGCAGGCAUGGAACAGUGUAUAAUCAAUAUCUUCAUUACUGAAGGAUUAACUUUCUUUUUACGUCGAGGAUUUAUUUAAUUUUUACUGUUAUUACCAGGAAUUCUGGAAUAGUUUGGAUAACCAGCUGUCAUAUUUUACUAUUAUUUUGGCCUUUGACACACGGAGAAAACUUUUGACAACUAUAUCUGGUCAAAGGACCCCGGGGCCAUCUUAUUCGUUUACACAAAUGCAGAUUAUGUGUAUUUUAGUCUUCACCUCAAAGGAAGCGUGAUCAACUGGUAUUAGUACUGGUAUGAGUUCAAGGUCAAAUUUGAAAUAUUUUACUAGUAGAUAUUUUAUUUAUAUUUAGACAUAUGCCCUUCUUUUUACAUGUGCAAAUGAAAGCUUAUUUUUGGACAUGAUGUUUGAGAAAGAUCACCAAUCAGUAUGUAGGAUAUUCUCACUGUUGUGACCCCAUGGCCAUGUGACUGCUGCCCUCUAACAUUACUGUUCAGUCCCUGUAUUUUGCCUAUCUGCUGUUGUGGUAGUAUCCUUUGGGAAUGACUGCUGGCCCCAAUUACAUGCCUCCCCUUUGUUGUUCAGUGAGGAAGCCACUAACACCUACAAGGAGACUGCUAAUAAUCAAUCACUGUAACUGGUCCUGAUGAGAUGGAUUUUACCUGAUACUGUAGAAAAUAUUGUAAAUAUGUGAUGUACAUAAAGCACUUUCAAGUGAACUUCUGCCUGUAUGACCUAUUAUAUGCAUUACAAUGGUGUCCAAACCCAGAUAUCCUUUUUAUCAAAGUGUGUUUCUGUUCAUGUACAUGUACAUGAUACACUGUUCAGUGCUAGUAUAAAACCUUGUUUUUUAAUGUUGAUAAAACCAGUAUCAACUGACUUGGAUCAUUAGCACCACCAGAUAUAUAUGUAUAUAUAUAUAACUAUGAAGGGAUGGAGCAAGUGUCAGGUAGAAAUGGGUGGAUAUUAGAUUACGUACCUAGCUGUGAGUAUGGAUACCAAAAGGUAUGCAGGGUGAUCAAAAUUACAAUCUUUAUCAAAAGUGGGUAUGUUGAGAUUAUUCUGUCGAAUAAUUUCGUCUCUAUCACGGGUUUCAUUAGGACUAAUUUCUUUUAUGUAUAUAUAUAUAUAUAUAUAUAUAUGUGUAAAGUUUUGUUGAUAAUAUUACUAGAUCUAAAUUCUUAUAGUUGGUUUCAACAUAUGAACAAAGUAGAAUUGCAAAAUUGGGGCAAGGAAUCUCAAAAUUAGGGAGGAUAUUAGAACUCAACAGUAAUGGUCUAAGAAUACAAUGCUCCUAUUUUAGUUACCAGUGUCAGCAUCUAAUGUGUGUGGUACAUCUUUGAUAAUUAAUGGCAUUGCUAGUGUUCCAGUCGAUGGUUUAUCGGUUCAAACAUAUCUACAGGGUCAUUAAUUACUUUCAUGCUGUAUGCAUAAUAUGAUUGUAGUUUGAAAUUUACUAUGUAUGUACAAUGUACUAUAAUGAUGGAUUGUUUUACUAUUGUAUAGUAAAACAUAUGAUAGCAUGAAGAGAUAUUGUAGCUACAUACUAGUUACAAACAUUUUACACUGCCAUAAAUCAUUGGUUGGACAGGACUAUUUUAAAGUGAUCACUUGGGGAGUUUUCAAUCAAUUUUUUUUACAAACCUCUUUCUGUGUAAAGAGAAGGUUUUUGAACUACUUUAUUUUAUGUCAUCUGAAUUUGCUGGUUAUAUGCGAUUAAUAAUUCACAUGGGAUGUGCAUAUAUUUGUACCUGUACUGUAAAUAUGAUUUGUAGAAAGCUUCAUAAAUUCUAGAAUAAAAAAUGACAUACCUUAUCACGAUAUAACCUAGCAGUCAAUUUUAUUACAGAAGAUUAUCUCCCCCUUUUCAUUUUGUGGCAAAAGUGUUUAUGUGUAUGCAGACUUCCUUUGACUACAAACAAAUAUUUUGUGAUUAUUGUACAGGUAUAGAUAGCCCAAGUUUUUUUUCCAGUUCUUACACCAGGCUUGGACAUUCUGGCAGCAAGAUGUCUGGUCAGUAUAUGUCCAAGUAUACACUAGACAUCUAGCUGUCAGAAUGUCCAAGUCUUGUGUCAGGGCCAGAGGCAACUCAGGCUAUGUGUAGAUUGAGCCUAUUGGUAUCGCCAUGACAACCUUGUGACCUACUGUAGAAAUAGGUUUACUUGUGUAUAUAGCAUGCUUUGAAGUGCCUUGUACAUAGCUGUGUGAUGUAUAGAUAAAUGAAUGCCAUGUAAUUUGAAAUUUUAUUUAGGUUAUAAGCCGUGUGUAGUCGUUGAUGUAAAAUCAUUGCCUCACACACUCAAGCAGAACAUCCCUAAAAACUUACCAAUUAUGUGAUUUUUAAAAAGAUGAAAAAUUCCAAAAAAUACAAUAACUGGAACGAAAUUCAUUAUUAAAUGAAAUUAUUAUGAUUUUAAAACAAACCUUAAUAAAACUAUAAUUUUAUACUUAAUUUUAUAAUUGAAAUUUUAUUAUGCUGAUGUGUACCGAAAUAAAAUGUAAACAAAACCAUA